CUACUUUGCCGUCGCCAGUCGCCAGCGUCGAGCACAUGGGCAACAAGCAAGGCAAGCCCGCGCGGUCCAAGUCCGUCGGCGACAAGCCGGUCGCUAGUAAAGCAAAGGAGACGACUGAAAAGAUCGUACCCAGCAACGAGGCCGCGACGCCUGAGAGCCCGCCAGACCAGGAAGAAAUCAUCGAACAGUGGAAGCUCUUCAACGACCUCGAGAACCGCGAAGAGGCCGAUGUGCUUCAACUCUCGCGCUUCCUGCACGCACUGCACGACCACAUGCCUGCCUCUGCGACGACGACAAGCGCCAAGCCGACGCUUCAGAAACUCAUUUCAUCCGACGAGCACAUUGGCCCAAUUGAUAUUUCCGACAUGUACAAGGGCGUGCAUCUGGACCAGCCGCUGUCGCUUGCGAACGUGCGCGACCUCAUUGGAAGCUACAAGCGCGCGGCAUGCCUCCACCGAUCGUAUGUGGUUCAAAUCCUUGGCGACGCCACGCGGCUGCUCCAAGCACUUCCGAACGUGCAGCGCGUGUCGAUCGCACCGGCCAAGCACAUCACAAUCAUUGGGGACCUUCACGGACAGCUCGACGACUUGCUUUUGAUCCUUCGCGAGAACGGCCUUCCGUCGGCGACCAACCCGUACAUCUUUAACGGCGACUUUGUCGACCGCGGUGCGUCAUCGAUCGAAGUCGUACUCCUUUUGCUGAGCCUCUUUGUGCUCUACCCGCGCCACGUCUUCUUGAACCGCGGCAAUCAUGAAGACGAGUCGGUCAACGAGCGCUUUGGCUUCAAGAAGGAAUGUCUUGCCAAGUACGACGUUGAGGUUUACGACCUCUUUUCGCUCUGCUUUCAGCAUCUCCCGAUCGCGACGGUCCUCGACGACCGCGUUCUCGUCUUGCACGGCGGCCUUCCGCGCUGGCACCCGCUCCUCGCCGAUUGGGACGCCAUUCCUCGCGCCGAUUUCUUUGGCACCAAGCACACAAAUCGGUCUUUGAAAGGAACGCUGUCACCUCCCGACCAAGCGAUGCAGUCGGUUUGCGACAUUCUCUGGAGCGACCCGCAGCCGGAACGCGGCUGGAAAGAGAGCUUCCGCGGCGCGGGCAUCCAGUACGGCCCGGACCUCGUCAAGGACUUCCUCGCGACCAACUCGCUCGCGCUUAUCGUGCGGUCGCACGAGUGCGUGCCCAACGGCUUUGCGUGGCCCUUUGGGGAGCAGACGCCGCUCGUGACGCUCUUCUCGGCCUCGAACUACACACGUGCGGGCAACGCCGGCGCCUUCAUGCACCUCUCUGCCGACGCAACUGAGCCGCCGAUGUUCCACCGGUACCGGGCGACGGCGUCGGAGCACGAUUUUGUAGGCGGCAACCUCGACGGCCUCUACUCUGUCAUCCUCUCGCAUCGGGACGAGCUGCGCACGGCAUUUGAAGCCGAGGACGCGAGUAAUCGAGGGCUCGUGUCCGUGGACACGUGGCAGCGUGUCGUGGAAGACGUCCUGCACAUGGGCUUGGACUGGGCAAAGCUCCUGCCACUCGUGACAUCGGUGGACCACGGGAACGUGGCCUACAUUGCGUUCCUCGAUCGCUACCAGUCGUCGACGGCCGACGCAACGCCGGCGAAGCGCCAGGCGUUCAACUCGCUGUACCGGCACCGAUACCGCAUCGAAGCGCUCUUCCACGCGCUCGACCGCGACGGCAACGGUGUCAUCACGCUCGACGAAUUCCAAGCCGGCCUCGCGAUCCUCAACCAACACCUCCCGAAGGAUAUAUUGCCAUUCGACCACCCGGACGAGCUCCUGCGCGCCAUUGACUUUAGUCACGACAACCGCGUCAACAUCAACGAGUUCAUGGAGUCAUUCCGCCUCCACGCCAACCUCACCGUCCAGGCCAAGUGGCGCCGCGCCCGCACCAAGCUCAAAGCCAUGCACCACCUCGGCAUGCUCAAGCCUGCAGUGCGCGCUGACGUGGCAUAAAGGCCUUACUUGUCCAAUCGUCGACCAAUAUACACGUGUGUACCUUCCAUGCACUCG